AACCUAGACAGGGCAGGUGUCUUCUUUCUUCUAGUGUCAUGCCAUGUCUCACCACAUUGAUGAACAAAGCCCACCAGCAAGAACUUCAUUAUUCACAUGGAUGGAGAUACCUAUAAAAUGAUGGGCAAAACUGCCACGUAUAUUUAACAUAUAUUAUCAAAAUGGUCAUUGAAAUAUCUCUCUGCUGCUGCAAAAUUAGAGAAGAAACCAGAGGCUAUGGGGAUCCUUAUAUCUUAAUUUCUGGAACAAAUUUAGCUGGCGAGUAGAGAGAGAGAGAGAGAGAGAGAGAGAGAUAUUUGAGAGUUGAGAGGCCAGUAUUUGCACAGGGGCCUCACCCCCCAGGAGGGUGCUAUCUGGCACUAGGUGUAAGGACAACAAUUUGCUGACCUUUAAAUGCUAAAAGUUGUUUUAAUGGCAGCCCAGCCAUUGCAGCAAGCAGCAAUUGGGCAUGGUCUAUACAGAUAGAUAGCAGGGGCCGUGAAGCUUUUUGUAUUAAUGAAGCAACAUAAUGGAGGAGAUUCCCCUCUAACAUUUUGUACACACACUUUGGCUGGCAGCCUGGCACUGCAAUUACUGCAAUUCAUUGGGUAGUUUGUAGGACAUGACUGGUAACCCCAACACACAAGAACAAAUUCAAAAGCUUGAGGUUGAAGAAUCAAAGCAAAACAUGUCCAAAACGUGUCGACUCAUUUCUGAACUUAAGUUCCCUCCAUGGGAAAUAAGGGAAGUUUUCUUUUCUUGUUUUUUCACUGUUCCAUUGACAAACUUGAUCAAGUAAAGCAUUUGUUCUUUACUUGCACACAACCUUGUUUUCUUCUUAAAUAACGAUGUCAACAUUUUAAUUCCAUCAGACUGCAUCAGGAAUUCAAUACAGAAUGGAGUUGGAUUUAGGGAUUAAACUCACCAGAGUUGCAGAUGAAUUCACCUCCGAUUUCCAGCUCACGAAAGAUCGGGCAGGCCCUGUUUUCUUGUCCCAUGAAACCGAUUCAAUGUUCAUACUCACUGCUCAUCUGAAAGGUUACAGGCGACGAAACAUAGAGAUUGAUAUCAACGAGGAUGGGACUCUGAUUGGUUUAAGCGGCGAACAGCAGGUGAAGGAGACGGUCAUCGUUGGGGGGAAAGUGUACAAGAAAGAUGUAGAGACUAAGGGGUUCAAGAAGGUUUUCAGAAUCCCAGAUGGGGUGAUUCUAGACAUGAUUAAGGCCAAGUUCAAUAAUGAGUCAACGCUGACAAUUACAAUGCCGAAGAAGGUUAAAGGGAUUCGAGGGACGACCAUUGAGGAGAUCAAAGAAAACCAGGGGCUUGUCAAAGAGGGCUCAGGGUCUCUGCAGAUUGCAGUUGAAAAGGUUCAAAAGAUUGAUGAAAUGUCAUCAGAAGCAAAUGCAAAGCUCGGAAAAGAGAAGCAAGUCGAAGCACCGUCAGUUUCUAAUAACUCGGAUGAAAAAGAUGAUGAUGAUCAAAAGGAAAAGGAGCAAGAAGAUCGAAAAACAAUGAGUGGCAUGGAAAGUUUUCCAAGCAGGGAAGUUCCUCCUGAGGAAGAUAAACAAGCUCAGAAACUGGAACCAGAGAUUCAAGAAAUUAAUGAAACUGCAAAAGAUGAAGACCAUGAUCAACAGAAAAUUGACAAUCAAGAUCACAUUCGAGAAGGCGAAACAGAGAGUGAAGAGACAGCAGAAGGUGGACCUGGAACGACGCAGCAACCGGAGCACCGGCCUCGUGAGAAGAAGUGCAAAAUGUGCAUUCCCAUCAUCGCCGGCUCGACUUUACUGCUAUCACUUGUGGUGUUUGUGUUCCAAAUUAUUCGGAGCAAGAACCAAACUUCCAGAAGGAGAAGUUGAUA